AUGCAAAGGCUGGAAGGAUUCUUUGUUCUACUCCAAUUGAAGCUGAAGCACAAGCCAUCCUUGAAGCUUGUCAGGUGGCAGCUAAUGACCGUGUUCCUUCAACGAUCCUCUCCGAUUGUAAGAUUUUGGUGGACGCCGUUCAAAGUGCCCCUUCUUUGUGGCCUUGGCGCUGUUAUGCGACGCUUGCCUCAAUCACCAAGAUUCUGCGUUGUUCGAAUUGGAUCCAUCUUUUCUUCAUAG